CCAGGAACAUAAAAACCCUCGCCAUGUUGCGGAAAACUAAUGGUACUAAUUUCUUUUAAUGGCAACAGUAACUGAAAACUUCAUUGACAUGUCACCUUGCAUGUCAGUCUAUUGUUGUCAAAGUGUAAACAAACUUUAUUUUAAAUGUGUGCAAUUGAUUUUGUGAAUUAAAUUGCUAAAAUAUUUUUAUAGUCGUGAAAGAAAAGUGGUUCACGAUGUGUUAAUGUAUUUGUCGAAGAGAAAUACUAAGGGUUCGGACAAUAUUUUUAUUGAAUAAUUUUUCCGACAAAGGUUGUCAAAUUGACUGACAUGUUUAUCGUAUAGUACAGUCCACUAUGAAAAUUAGCUGUAGUCUGUUUCAACUACCUAUUUUAAAGUUUUUUGUCACUUUCUAAGUUUUGAAUUUUAUGGAAUUGGGAAAGAAGUACCGAGUUUGAAGCGUUCAUGAGCAGACAUUGCAGUUGAAUAUUCAAGUUCUGAAUUUGUUUAUUGAUGAAUAAUAAAAUAAAUCCUACUAGCUCGAUUGAUGGUUUCAUUUAAUUUAUUUAAACCAGGUUACCUUUAAUAAUAUUUUUCGUUCAUUUAUGAAAAUAUCAAAUUAGCCCGUAAUCCUGAAUCCUGAUACAUAAAUUUAGCCUAUUAAUUUAACACAUGUACGACUGUACUCAGUGUUGCACUAUCAAAUGCAAUUGAAGCGCCUCUAUGCCAGGGUUUUUAUGUUCCUGGCAGUGGGUAGACACUUCUCAUACAAAAACUAGUCUCUAUAUGUAGCAAUUGAUAUACAACCUUAUCCCUUAAGUAAUAAAGUGCAUUUUGGAUUGAUUUCACUAUAGCAGGGGAACCCGCGGAUCAAUACCACCAUACUAAAAAUAAUUGUUAGUGUCCUUAUGUUGGUAGUAUUGUUAGUUUGACAAAUGAAAAAAAAUGUCUGGCAAUUGAGUUUGAGUUUUAAACCGGCGAAUUGAUUCGUGUGAAGUUAUUUUCUCAGAUUUGGUGCAAUAUUACUGUAAAUAAACUUUUCUGUCGUUUUCGUUGAGUUGAUUAAGUUCCUCCGUAUCGGGCGUGAUAAAGUUUGCUGUUCAGUGUUAUGUUUUUUGUGAGAUAGAGACUCUUUUAAAUAAGCUGUGUUUCAACUUCUACAGAAGUUUAAACUCUUAUUUACUUUUCUGUUUAAUGGGUAUGUUAUCUACUUACUUGAAAUAUUAGAUCUAUUACAAAUCUAUUUUUCAUUAAAAACAACCCUAUGUGAUGAAAAUGUAAAUGUACUUUCAAAACUGGUAAAUGCAUGAACCAGGGCAUUGACACUGGUUGGAGAGAAAUUAUAGGCUUUGUUUAAUUAAUACCUAUUUCAUUUUAGGCUUCUACUGAUAAUGGAGAGUAGAAACAACAAGAAGUGCGUUAUUUGUAAUAAGAGGCGAAGUCGUGGUGGAUCACCCUUACUUUUGAGUAGGUUUCCUCUGGAUUCUGACCGUUGUCGAAUGUGGGUUAAAAAUGCUGGCAUAGAAGACUUAGCAUAUGUACCUAUUGAAAAGUUACACCAACUGAAGUUUGUUUGUGGUGGGCACUUCACUCCUGAAUCCUUCAAUGCCAAAGGAACUCGGCUGAAGAACUCAGCUAUUCCAACACUGGAAUUGAGCAAUCCCAUCUUGCCAGAUGAAGUUUUGACAGAGUUUCCUCUUCAUGUAAAAGACUCCAAUAAAGAAAACCUCAAGACAGUUCUUUAUGAUCAUUCAUAUUGCAUUCCAAAGAAGUCAAAUCCAGUUGAACGAGUUCCCCUUACAACUACAACCAAACAACUAAAUUCAACAUGUUUGGGAGCUGUGGAUAUACCAGAUUCUGGUAUUUCUGCGAAAACAACUUUUGAACCUCUUCCUUCUACUUCCAAUGCACCAGAACAUAUUAUGACCUAUAAACCCAUUACUCAUGAUGAUAAAAACAUUUGCCAUCAAGAUGCACAGGCAGAAAUAUUAGUUCACAGUUAUAAAAGACCUAAGAAAAACAUUGAAAUGAAAGACACUUCAUCAACAUUUACAAUUAAAGAGAAGAGGCUUUGGCGACAGUUACAAAAUGCAAAAAAAACAAUAAGGAAUAUAGCGAAGUCAAGAGUGAAUUUAGACAAGUUAGAUUCGGAAGUGCUGACAUCGUUAGUAAAGGAUGUAGUGCAGAAUAACAAAAAAAAGUCACAAGGAAAAAGGUGGACUUUAGCCAACAAAAUAUAUGCUUUGGCUAUAUUUAAACGGUCCCCUAAAGCAUACCGCUAUAUGCAAAAGCUGUUUACGCUACCAAGCACUAAAACGCUCCAAAGGAUUUAAAAAAAUAUACCAAUGGAGCCUGGUAUAAAUAAAAAUAUAAUUGAUAAUAUGUUAGAGGCAAAAGCAUCAAGUAUGCCAAAGGAAAAUAAAUAUUGCUCGUUAAUAUUUGACGAGAUGGCGUUAAAGAAACGGAUAAUUUAUAACGAAAUUGCUGAUAAAGUGGAUGGCUACGUGGAUUAUGGAGAGGGCGAGAACAUGGGACGAGAAAAGAAAAUUGCAGACCAUGCGUUAGUGUUUAUGAUACAGGGUGCUAAACAUAAAUACAAACAAUAUAUUGCGCACUAUUUUGUGGAAGGCACAAUAUCAACAGCAAAACUGGCAAAAAUUAUAUCGGACAUCAUCAAAAAAUUAAAAGAAAUCGGAUUUAUGGUUCUAACAACAGUUUGUGAUCAGGGAUCUACAAAUAUAGGAGCUCUUAACAUGUUAAAAAGAAAC